CAUUUCUGUAACGACCUCUGGUAAGUGACAGCUUUUUUCAUUUCAUACUUUAUCUGCUGAGAAUAUUAGAUUGUGAAUUAUGUUCCUAAUUGUACAUAUCAUAGUUUUGUCUUUUCACUCCAAACUCCUCUUCCCUCCAGAUAACAUGGAAGUGAAGACAAAAUCUAAAAGGAAAGUGUACAUCAGUCUUCCAAAGAAACACAUAGCUGCUUUUGCUGAACAUUAUGAGCUGGAACAUGGAUUGAUUAUAAGAGAGCUGAAUCCCUGUAUAAAUGAAGGAUAUGUACGAGCUAACUUUAGAGAUUGGGGAACCGUCACAGCGUGCAAGAUUAUGAAAAGCCCCAACAAGGGGGGAAAUAAGGCAAUGGCCUAUGUGAGGUUUUCUACAGAGGAUGAAGCAGACAGAGCAGAAUGGGCUGGUCCACACGACAUUGGAGGCGAUGUGGAAGUGAAACGCGUUGUUAGUCCAAAGAUGGAGGAGGAUUCAGAAGAGGAGGUCCACGCAGUCACUGAUAAACCUCAUUCGCGGCGUUCAAUGGGUUUGGGCUAUAUUGGAGGAUGCUCAGUGGGUAGAUGAUGAUGCGAUGGAUGAAUAAACAAAUACUGUGCUGUACAUUAAUUUAGAGAUUCUAAACUAAUCAGCUCUUAAAGAAAUCAAUGGGACUCCAUCAUCCUCUAUAGGCUGCAGGGUGAAAAUAUUCUUAAGACUAACAAAAGAACAUAAAUUCCUAUUUUCCAACUUGUUUAUCUGUUUAUAAAGCCUUAAUGUGAGUUACGGUAGAUAUUGUGCUGAUUUUAUGUUGUGAAUUGUUAUUAUUUACCUUGGUGGAUAAUAAAGCUGUUUUUUGUGUAGUUUUAUUUACACAAAUAAUUUGACUUUUAUAUAUAUUUAUAUUCACAUCUGUUUUGCCAGUAAAUUCCUUGUAUUUGUCCACAUACUUGGCCAAUAAAGCUGAUUCUGAAUAAUGUUUGUCAAGGUCAUUGGCUGUUAAAAUAUAUAAUAAUAUACAUAAUACAUGUAGAUAUUCGCUCCCUUUCUGCAGCUACUG